UACCUAUACAAUUGUUACUGUUGCAGGACGAUUUCGUAUGGAACACCAUGAGUCUACACACCCAUCGGCAAGAAGUUCACCCAGUAGGCCUACAGUUCAGUUCAUAUUAGAAAAAAUUGCUACAGAUGACAUUGAGGUUCCCACUAGUCAGGUAGUUCGAAAGGUAGUGGUACAGUGUGCAUUUGUGUGUUUCAGAUUUGUGGGAUGUGAAUUUCCGUUAAUGUGUAUUAGUCUUAAGGAUAACAUUAAGGUGGUUGGGGGUUGCUAAGAUGAAUUUCUCUCUUGUAGACAUGAUGGAAGCCGUCCUGAGGUGUUUGCAGGUGAGCCGCAGGUUGCUGCUGGUCUUGAGCCCAGACUACCUGACAGAGAAAAGUGUGAGUCUGCUGGAGUGUCGCCUGGGUCUGUACCUACAGAACACCUCCCAGGCUCACAUCAUUACCAUCCUCUACAAGCCUGUCCCAGCCUACUGCACCAAGGCUUUGGACAUGCGACGCACUACCACCAUCACCUGGAGAGGGCGCCAGUCUGAACCGCCCAACUCGCGCUUCUGGAAGCGUCUGCGUUUGGCUCUACCUGUUCGCUCUUUGUCCCUAGGGAGGAGGCUCAUCGACAGCUCCUCCUCACACUUGGACCUGGCCUUGGUGGCGCUACAAUGCCAGCGGGGCACAGCUCCACCGCACAGACAAAGCAGGGCUGUGGCCAGGGGAAGGAGAAAGAGACAGGGGUGCACUGGAGGCGACAAGUGUAGACGGAGUGAGCACAGUAACAACUCCAUAAUGCGUUGUUACUUGGCAAGUCAAAACAGUGUGGUUUUAAACGAGGUCGUGGGGUCUACGCUUCACCAGCCGUCACCUAUCAACACACCUGCAACCAACUGCACAGCCAAUGACAUUGGCACGACAAACAACCCAGAAACGGCUGACUCCACAGACACAACUAAUGCAACACACAGAGAUAGCUAUUUACUAUUUAACCACACUGACAAAACAAACCGUACCUCUAAAAGCAUAGACUCAGCCAACAGCUUGGAAACGGCUAAAUGCACAGCUGGUACAUCUCAGGAUCAACCCUGCUCCUUAUCAACUACAACCCUCUGAUAGCGGCUUUAGGAUCUCAGGUGGAUAAUAGCUCUUUUAUAGAACAGUCACUUGUUAUGAUGCUGAGAAAUGUGAUUUGAUUUGAAGUAGGUUGGAGACAAAGAGAAACAAAGCAUAAGAAUGAUAACACAUAGCACUGAAUGGCUGAUGUUUUUCUUUAAGGCUUCAUGUUACUGUUUUUUUAUUCCAGGAACAGAUCUUAUCUGAUCUUAAUAUCUUGUUUGUAGAUGUUCGCUAGAUGUCACCCUUUUAUUACACAAAAAAACUUGUUGCAUGCAUCUUCCUCUCUUCUCCAUAAUAUAUCCACACCAUGUGUGUUUGUGAUAGAGAUCCACAGUUGUAUCAAUUGCUCAAUUCAAAUAAUGUCAAAUAAAUGUUAAUUAUUA